UGCAGGAGGUAUGCACCACGCCACAAAGGUCUGCAGGGAUGGCAGAGAUCUGCACCGGUGUCUACCGCUAAGACGAAUGGAAACCUAUACCACGCUGCAGCUUGAAGGUGUACUCUAUCCGCCUUGCCAACCUUUUCCGUGAAGGUCCGCCGGACUACAAAAUGCAAGCUGCGCCUCCCAGCCAGCUGUGCAUUCUAAAAGAAAAAAAAAUGCGCCUCGAUGGUGCCGUAUGCCCACUCUCACCUCGUUAGCGUUUAUCAUGAACCAUAUUUCGCCGCUCGGUCGCACCACCAUCAUCGUCUCCUGGAUCGCUACUGCCCUCGCAUUGUUAUCUCUGCUAGCAGGUACACUAGGCUGUUGGCUCUUCGGUGAAAGGGUCCGGCGUAGUGAAUGGAUGAAUUGCACGGCAUUCGUGAUCGGCGUAGUUCUCGUCGCCCAAAACACAUACGCCAUAAUCAUCGAGGGGCAAGCCGAUCAUCAAGAUGACCUAUCCUAUAACCAGGUCGAGACUUUAGCUCGUUCUCUACUCGUUAGCGAAGCUCUGUGGACACUGGCUAACGCAUUAAUCCGCGUAUCUUCCUGUUGGCUCUUCCAUAAACUGUUCGGUGUUCAGAGGUGGAGAUAUGUCAUAGUUGCUGCGUUGGGCAUAUGUGUGCUCCAUGGUAUGGCAUCUAUCGCGGAACUGCUCCUCAUAUGCCGCCCUAUCCACGCACAGUGGACAGGUGACAUAAAACCCGCAUGCGGCAACCAAGGCGCCUCGUUUAUCGCCAUCGAAACCAUCGGAUUGGCGUUGGACCUAGCGAUACUCAUCAUCCCCGCCUACGCAGUUUGGAACCUACGUAUGUCGAGGCGUAAACGAUUUGUGAUCAUUUGUGCCCUUGACGUGCCAGCAUUGCUUUUGAUCAUUACGGCUUUGCGGCUUAAAGCGCUGUCACUGGCGACUUCUGCAGACUUCGUGUAUUCCCAGAGCUACCUGGGUCUCUUGUCGGCCCUGGGCGUCAUGUUUGCAAUCUCGCUGGGCGCGGCGCUGAAGAUGGGCUUUUGGAGGGAGUUGUUGAGGCGCAUGAAAACAGUACUGCGACGCUGUUUUGCCAUCGGGGACAUGAAUGCAAUCGAGAACGGCUUCGUGGACAAAGAGGUUAACUCCGCGGCAGAAGGAAAAGAAACAGCUGAGGACAUGGAUAUAGCAGACGAGCCUGGAUCUGGAGCAGGGCAGGUGGACACUGCGGAUGGCGCGGAGACAGACCUCGAGGGUGCCCAUACGGAGGAAUCGAUGCCGUGGAUAGUGUAUGCCCCUUGGGUGUCCAUCGCGCGUCUCUCUACUUUCUAGGUAGUCU